AUGCCGUCCAAGCCGGAGCCUGAAGCUCCUAUAGAGCAGCAGCUUGCUGUCCAAGCUCUCGCCGAAAGCGCAACCGGCCCCGAAUCCACAAACGCAACUCCAGAGCUCCAUCUCUCAAACCUACAAGCUCUGCCGACCGAACAUCAGGAACUGUUCCUUCUCAAGUUCGUGUCCGACUUGAAAAGGCACGUUUUGGGACUGGACGGCGAUGGCUGCACCGCCCAGCAGUUGUACCUGAAGAAGGAAAUCUUUCAGAUCAUCAAUCUUUCGGCCCCGGCGCCAUGUCGAGUAAUCAGGAAUAGCUUGGGGAGAUGCUUGGCUCACAUCUUCGGUAAAGGAGAUCGCAAGCUUCUGUUCGAGACCAUAAACGACUUGAUUUCGAUAAUAUCCGGAAGCAAGGCCAAGUCGGAGGGUGAGACGCGGUCGAGACAUGCCGCAGUCUUGUGCCUGGGGGAUGUCUUCGCCGCCGCCGGGGACAGUGCCAUUGGACUGCACCAGCUGGCAUGCACUACGUCGCUCAAGCUCUUAAAGUCCGCAUCCAGCAAUGCCGGCCUUCGCGCGGCCGUGCUCAGCACUCUGGCCAAGGUGGUCACCAUGGUGGAAGGUAGCAUGGAUGAAGGAAUAUCCAGGGACAUAUGGAAACAAGGACGUAACCUGGUUGCAUCUGACAAAGGUUCGCUGGUAGUUGCAUCGGCUUGUCGGUGUCUCAAGGCGCUUGCCAGGAACACCUCGUACUUUCGCAACUCGGCCGACCUGGAUAAGCUGGAAGCGGCGCUGCUCAAAGCUGCAGACUCGUCGUCAGCUCAAGUGAGGCAUGCCGUUGCCGACUGUUUUGCCGAGGCGCUGGUGCAGGGAUAUUCCGCCAACGGAACCGCAGAAGCCUUCAGUAGCAAAAAGGCAAAGACGAGGCUGAAGCGCUCCUCCACCCACCCUGCCAUUGUGCAUAUCAAUGAGGACGACGAACAGCUUCCGUCCCGGGCAGCCAGCCCUGCUCCAAGUGGGAAACGUGCACAGGAUCUCGCCCUGUCCCUAGCUGACAUGCUCAAGAUACUCGCCCAGCAGUACGUCAAACCGUCAGCAUCAAACAAAACCCGUGCCACCAUCGGAAUCUGUUACGGGAAACUCUUCCGUCGCCUAGGCGAACGCACUGUGCAAACCAGGUACCUGCAAAUCGUGGAGGGCUUGUCCGUUGAUCUUCUUAGCCACUCGACCAUCAACAAUAACCGCUAUCGCCUCUUAAUCACCAGACGGAUAGUUGAUACCAUUAUCCAUGAUGUUAUCGGACGAGACAUCCUGGGGGAGUCUAGUCGAAUCUCGGCCGCCGAGUCCAUAGUGGCCAACAUCCUCAAGAACUACCCUCAAGCCCUUCCUGAACGGCCGGAGCCUUCCAAGCAGGCUUUGAUUACCGCUCUCCGGGCCAUUGCCUCGCUCAUUGCAACGUUGGGCUCGGCAUCUAACAGGUUCGCCGAAUCAUGCCGAGACGGGCUUAUCCAGGUUCUUCAGCAUCCCAGCUACUCCGUACAAGUGUUUGCAUCCUACUGCAUGAAGGCGCUUGUCCUAGCUUGCCCUCAGCAGCUGCUUCCAUGCCUUUCGGUGUGCAUGAACAGCCUUACCAGAGAGCUUUCGCUGCUGAGCGGAGGCCGCAAUUCUCCGCGACGAUGUCUCGGGUUUGCCCAUGGACUUGCGGCGACACUGAGCGCUAGUCCUGCCCGACCGCUUUACGGAUCUUUGGACAUUAACAGUCGCGUUCUCACCAUGGCUACAAAUCUUCUAAAGUCCAGUAGCCAGUCAGAGCUGAGAGUUUCGAGUAUCCAAAUCCAGGUCGCUUGGAUCCUCAUCGGGGGUCUCAUGUCGCUCGGUCCAAAUUUUGUCAAGAUCCAUCUCUCCCAGCUUUUGCUUCUCUGGAAGAAUGCCCUACCCAAACCUCUCGCAAAGGACAACACAUCCGCCAGAAGCCUUCUUGAGGCGUCGUUUCUGACACAUGUCCGAGAAUGUGCCCUGGGAUCCAUCCUGUCUUUUCUGGAGUCUAACAGCCGACUGUUGACAGUUGAUGUUUCAAAAAGGAUUGCCGCCAUGCUUCAGAGCACCACGGCCUUUCUGAGGACGCUGCCGUUCAAGAAGACUACGGAGGACAUAUCUCAACGAUUGACUCCGGCAGUUCAGCUACUCGACCUGGAUAUGAUGGUUCAGCGUCGUGUGCUCCAGUGCUACAUCAAGCUCAUCAAUUUGAGCCCUGCUGGGGGAAGCGAAGCCCUCCUGCAGUCGAACCUCCUGACUCUCGCCAUAUCUCUCUUUGCGGACCCGGAGAAUUACUCGCCGAGUUCUCUGAGCGCAUCGAUUGCAAAUGCAGCCGGCGCGUUCGAUUCCAUCUGGGAUGUUGGAGACAACACUGGCUUUGGAAUUACAGGUCUGGUCUCGGGCUUCGAUGUGAAACCGCUACCAGGCCAGCAGGACGCCUCCUCGGAAGACGGCGCGAUUGAACUCGGUGGCCCGGAGGAUCUAAUCGACAACCUCCUGAAGUCUCCCGUUUGCGGAAGUCUCGAACACGAUGCGUCCAUGCUGUACAUUGGCGGCACGGACAAUCAACCCAUGCGUCCUGAUCCGCCCGCGACAGAAGUCGUCAACAAUGCCAUACAGCUGUUCGCCUUUGUCUUCCCUCUCACUCCAGCCAAGGUGCAAGAGAGCGUCUUGGAGCAGAUCAAGACUUUUGCUUCUGCAGGCCUCCUCCAACGAGAUUCUGGGCGUAAAGCUGCCAUCCAUGUCAACGUUGCUCUUGCCAUUUUGCUCAGCAUGAAGGUGGCUGUGAAAGAGACCCAGUCGCCGUCCGGAAGUGUCUCUGACCUUGCGGUCGAACGUUUGCUGCAAGAUAUUGUUCGGGACUUUGUGCUGGACCACGACCAGUACGUACGCAGCUUGGGAUACGCAUCCGUUGCGAGACUGUGCAACGUGUACGGCAAUGCCUUCACCAACCAGGAGGUCAAGUUUCUGGUCGACACCAUAGUAAGCAACAGAGAACCAAGUGCGAGAGCAGGAUGUGCCAUGGCUCUCGGCGCCAUCCAAACCAAGGUGGGCGGAAUGGCCGCUGGAUAUCAUUUGAAAACCAUCUUGGGAAUACUCAUGUCUCUGUGCAACGAUCCCCACCCAGUCGUUCAUUUCUCGGCUCUCGAGGCACUCUCCUUGGCUUCUGACGCUGCCGGGCUAAGCUUUGCGGGCUACGUUCCUGGCACUCUAGGAAUGCUGGCGCAGCUCUACGUCUCGGAAACCCACCACGCGGAAAUCGCGUCAGCAAUGUCCAUGAAUCUAGAAAUGGAACGGUCGACCCCGGCUGCCAUUUGCAAGUGUGUCGAUUCACUGAUCAACGUGCUGGGGCCCGACUUGCAGGACGCCGACAAAUCGAGGGACCUGAUCCUCACGCUCAUCGACGGGUUCCAAGACGAGAGCGACGUUUCGGUUGAACGGGCCUCCCUAGCGUGUCUAGAGCAUCUCUCUCUCUAUGCGCCGGGUCAAAUGCGGUACGCCGACUACGUGAAGCUGCUGCAAAGGCAUCUAACGUCGGACAAUGCCGCUCUACGAGACGUGGCCGUUGAUGGACUGCACAACAUCAUGAAGAGAGAGCCGCGGGAUGUUCUGAGAGAAGCCGAGGACGGAUUCGAGGAGCAGCUCUGGUUGGUCCUCGACACGGCACCCCAUCAUGACGGAAUCAAGAACAUUGUGCGAAACUGGUUGCACCAGUCAUGCCUUGAUGAAACUUCGGAAUGGCUGCAGCGGAUACAGAGAGUGCUGAAAAUGGUGAGGGCGAAGAGCGAACAGCAAGACGAGCCUCGGUCAGCUGGGGGGCUUCCCGACCUGCAAGAUGAGGAAGUUGCCGGGUUCGCCGCCACGGACGGCACAGAGGGCAAAGAACAUGCCGCUGCCAACGAGGCAGAACCGUUGAGGUGGCAGGUCCGGACGUUUGCUUUCAGUUGUCUCAACGACGUCUUUGCCAUUGUCGCCAGGGAUGCCGCUGCCCACGGGGACUCUGCGGCGCAGGUGGCGCUGCAGAACAAGGUUGCCGAGGUCGUCCGCAUGGCUUUCUCUGCCUCGACAUCCGACAUCUUGGAGCUGCGGAUAUGGGGACUCAAGAUGAUUGGUGCUGUCCUCAAGAUGUUUGGCAGGACCACCGAUCCUGAUUUCGAAGAAGCCAUGCUCCUGGAGCAGUACCAAGCACAGAUCAGUUCUGCCCUGACCCCGGCGUUCGCCGCCGACUCGUCGCCGGAACUGGCUUCCGAGGCAGUCAAUGUCUGUGCAAGCUUCAUAGCAAUAGGCGUCGUCACCGAUGUUGACAGGAUGGGCCGCAUCCUCAAGACGUUGCUCACGGCCCUGGAGAAUUUCUCCAGCGACAGUGAAAACGCGGGGAUUGGAGACUUGAAGGGCCUGAGCAGCAAUGCCCAAGUCAUGGUCAAGAUUGCAGUCUUUUCCGCCUGGGCGGAGCUCCAAGUAGCGAGCACUGAGCAAAAGUACUUGAGGGAUGUGCUCAAGCCUCACAUCGGCACCCUCACGCCGCUUUGGCUGGAAUCCCUUCGCGAGUUUGCCCGGCUACGCUUCGAGCCCGAUAUUUCCAUGACGCUGGGGCCGCCGUCUCUUUCUGGCAGCCUCGACGCCAUCUACGCGGCGCUGAACCGGGAGACCUUGCUCCGGUUCUACCAAGACGCGUGGCUCAAGCUGGUCGACGCAAUCGCCAGCCUCAUUGAGCAAGACAGCGAGUUCGUGUUCGACGCUCUGGACGGCAAGGAGGCGCGCCAGCAGGAUGCGCCAGACAGCAGGGGCAAAUCGCCCACCAUCAACUACCGAGACGAGCCCGUCGCCUUCUUCUUCGUCCUCUUUGGGCUUGCCUUUGAGGCUCUGGCCACCCGUCCCGGCCAGACCGACUCGCUCGCGACAAGAGAGCAGACUCUGGACAUACUCGAGGCCCUGAAGAAGAUUCUGCACCCGAGCGUCUCCGGCCACGCCAUCUACAGGCCCGACGUCUUUGCCGAAACAAUGGACUUGCUCGACCGCCUUGUCCUGACCGAGGGACUGGACAUCCAGCGGGUCAUUGUCGACGUUGCCCGGGCGCUGUGCGUCAGGCAUCCCUCGGCCCGACGGCAGGCAGACGACGAGGGGGACUUGUCCGAGGACAUUGACCAACUGUUUGAGCUGACGAGGAUCAUUGUCCUCGUCCUGUCCGGCUUGGUGCCCAACCUGUCGGAAGGCAACCAGCCCGUGCGCCACCAGAUGAACGGGGAAGCCGUCAUCCUCAUCCGCAACUCGCUGGACGCGCUCGUUGACGCGGCAGAGGUGUUCCCGUCCAUCAUCAAGACGGAUUUGCACGCGUGCAUCGUCCACAUCUUUGCCACCAUUCUGGCGAACCCCAGCUGCCAGGAGCUCGUCGUGCCUCAGUCCCUUGCCAUCCUGAAGCGGUUCGUCGCUAGCGUUCCCGCCGCGGCAAGCAGCAGCAGCAGCAGCAGCAGCAGCAGCGAGGACAGCCUCCCUCCCCAAGCCCCGGUGCAAGGCUGCCUGCGCCGCUUCCUGUCGAUAUACCUCAACGCACAGAAGCGCCAGGAGCCGGCUUCGUUGGCGUGCGUCAAGAAUUGUCUUUUGGCCACGACGAUUCUCUUCACCAGCGGCGAGAACCAGCUGCCUGCCAGCCUUUCGCUUGUCGCGCGUUAUCUGGACGAGAUGCUCGACUGCCUGACUGAUCGAAUGACCGCCAGGAUUGCCGCCACCUGCACGCGCUCCUUGCUUCUGCAAUCAGCCCCCACGGCUGCCGAUCUCAGCAUCGCCCGCCACCUCCUCCCGAGACUGAUAGCGUUCGCCACCGACACGGAGCGCGAGGACCCCGAACGAGCGCGCUCCCACAUCACCCACACGCUGUGCCUCUACGUCGGCACCGUCUCCAAGGACCGCGUGCCCGCCGCCAUGGGGCUGGUGAUUCCGACCCUGGUGACGCGCGCCGCGGGCGACGGCGAGGAUACCUACCAGGAGACCAGCGCCCGACUGCUGGAACUCGCGGCCGUCGAUCAGGCAGCCUUCAAGGCGACGGUGGGGGCCAUGAACGGCGGCCAGCGGGCCUUUUUGGAGGAAGUCAUUCGCUCGGGGCAACAGGCCGGCAGCCGGGCGAGCCACCCAUCGGCGACUGAGCACGGCCAGCCAACCAUUACCCUAAAGAUGAAUUUCGGCAACGCGUAG